AUGGUUACUGGAAAGACACCAUUCCUGAGGGAAGAUAAGAUAUUCUACAGCAAUGCUGGUUAUAGUUUAGAUGUUUCUAGCCUGGUUAUGGACGUGGCAAUAAAAUCUACCGAAUCAGGCUAUAGAGUUAGAAAUAUAAAAAUAGAAGGAUAUUUGUGCAAAACUAAUUGUCCAUCAAACACAGCGUUCAGGGGCUUUGGUCAUCCGCAAGCUGUCGCCAUCAUGGAAGAUGUCGUAUUCAAAAUUGCAAAUAAGUUAAACAUACGUUCAGAAAAGGUUCGUGAAAUAAGCCUAUGUCAAGAGGGAAACGUUACACCAUAUGGAAUGAAACUUGUGAAAUGCACUAUACCUGAGCUAUGGGAGAAAUGUAAAUCUGAUAGUGCUUAUGAAAAUCGACUUAAAGACAUUGAACAGUUCAACAAGAACAAUAAAUGGAAGAAAAGAGGCAUUGCAAUGACGGCUUCUAAAUAUGGAAUUGGCUUUGCUGUGUCUUUUAUGAACCAGGGUGCCGCGCUUGUGAAUAUUUACUCCGACGGAUCGGUGUUGGUGGCUCAUGGAGGUAUAGAGAUGGGACAAGGUCUUAAUACGAAACUUAUACAGAUUGCAUCAAGAGUGCUGGGAAUACCUAAAGAAAAGAUUCAUACGAUCGGUAGCAGUACAAGGGAAAUUCCGAAUACCAUGGUUACCGCUGCGAGCAUGGGCACAGACCUUUAUGGACCUGCUGUAAAGGAUGCUUGUGAAAACUUGAACAAACGACUAAUCCCAUUGAAAAGUGAGAUGCCUGACGCAACAUGGGAGAAACUGAUUUUCAAAGCAUUUUUCUCACGAGUUCAAUUGUCGGCAACUGGAUUUAACUGUCCACAAAAACAGAACACUGAUGGUGCUUAUGAUUAUUUUACUUAUGGAGUUGCUUGUUCUGAGGUAGAGAUUGAUGUGCUUACAGGAGAAAGCCAAGUUCUUCAAUCGAACUUGUAUGUUGAUUGCGGUAAAAGCUUAAACCCUGCAGUUGACAUCGGACAGAUUGAAGGCGCAUUUGUGCAGGGAUUAGGUAUGGUUACCUCGGAGAAUAUGGAAAUAGAUGAAAAGGGUCGUCUGAACACGUGUAGUCCACUCGGCUACAAAAUACCUAAUAUAAAAAGUAUUCCAAGAAAGUUUAUAGUGAAAUUGCUGAAAAAUCACGAUAUCGUUACAAAUAUCUAUUCUUCAAAGUCCGUUGGAGAACCGCCAUUGAUAUUGUCAUUGUCAGUCCUAGCAGCAAUAAAAGAAGCCAUACAAUCUGCGCGUGCGCAGAUCGGUAUAACUGGAUACUUCAGACUUGAUUGCCCAGCAACAGUACAGAGAAUUCAGGAAGCUUGCGGUCAACAAAUCAAAUUAUAACUGAAGCGAAAUAGUUUGUUGGAUUUAUGAAUUGAUUCAUUUGGUUAUAUGUUUGAAUGAUGGUAUGAGUGAGAAUGUAACAAUAUUAUACUCCCGAAAAUAGUCUAACAGAUAUCUUAUAAUAUUGUCAUGUGUAAAAUUAUAAUUUUAAUGAUCAGCCAGAAUGUUCAGUUUCAUUUUCUCUACCUCACGUUUCUCUGUAGAUAUAUAUCCAAGAAACCUCUUAAGAUUAUUUGUAUUUUUUUGCUCUAUGACAAGGAUGUUAGAAGCAGGCAUUGUUAUAAUUAACCUUUUCCAUCUUUUUUGUUUCUAUUGUUAUGAAAAAAGAUCCCUGCAUGUAUUAGUAAUUGACCGACUAUCUGUAUCUGAAU